CGGAUUUUCUAAACUUUAAUCUCAUAAGUGGACCCUUUCAACACGGUAUCUUUUUUCUCAAUUUUAUAUCUACGGCUUCCGAGUUUAUAUAUCUUUCUCCCAUUUUCCAAGUUGUAUAUCAAUAUAUCUUCUAUACAACCCUCUUUUUUCAGCUCUGAGUAUACUAAAAACAAUAUUCAUCUCUUAUCAAACUCACAAUCAACUGCUUCAGUUUCUUCAACUUGAUCUUAAUUUUAUCUCUACUGCUUCUGUCUCUGUUUCUAUUUCUCCAGCUUUCUUCCAAUAUUUUCCAUACAGUCAGCCCUCUUUUUUCAGCUCUGAAUAUACCAAAUAUCAAGACUCUUGAAAAUGGUUGAUGCCUUUGUGUCAUUUGCAGUUGAAAAACUGGGCGAUUUCCUCAUACAAGAAGUUGGCUUGCGUUUAAGUAUAAGAGAGGAUGUGCAGUGGCUGACUGAUGAGCUGCGGUUCAUGCAAUCUUUCCUCAAAGAUGCAGAGGAAAAGCAACGUGAAGAUCAAAGAGUGCAACAAUGGGUGUUUCAAAUCAACUCUUUUGCUAAUGACGCUGUCGCUAUACUGGAGACUUACAGCUUCGAGGCUGGUAGAUAUAGUGACGAUGGAUUUGCAAGUCGUCUGAAGGCUUGCGCUUGCAUCUGUAGGAAGGAGACCAAAUUCCACAAAGUUGGCAAGGAGAUUCAAUCACUCAAGCAGCGAAUCAUGGACAUCACUCGCAAACGAGAGACUUAUGGUAUUAGAAGUAUUGAUAAUAUUGCAGGAGAAGGGCCAAGUAAUCGGCCAAACAAUCAGUCUGCCAUGGUCAAUACACUGAGGAGAACUACCUCCUAUGUGGAUGAUCAGGAUCACAUUUUUGUUGGCUUUCAAGAUGUUGUAGAAAGACUGCUGGCUGAACUUCUCAAAAAAGAGCCUCGUCGUAGCGCCAUCUCCAUUUAUGGAAUGGGUGGAUUAGGCAAGACCACUCUUGCGAGAAACCUCUACAAAACUCCUAAUAUAGUCUCUAGCUUCCCAACACGUGCUUGGGUAUGUGUUUCUCAAGAAUAUAAUACCCCAGAUCUCCUUCGAAGUAUCAUAAAAUCUGUUCAAGGCUGCAGCAAUGAAACACUUGAAAUGUUGGAAAGGAUGACUGAGAGAGAUCUAGAAAGUCACCUUCGGCAUCUGCUGGAAGAGCAAAAAUACCUUGUGGUGGUCGAUGAUGUAUGGCAUAGAGAAUCUUGGGAAAGUCUGAAAAGAGCAUUCCCGGAUAGCAAGAAUGGCAGCAGAGUUAUUAUUACCACGCGGAAGGAGGAUGUUGCCGAAAGAGCAGAUAACAAAGGUUUUGUCCAUAAACUCCGUUACCUUAACCAAGAAGAGAGUUGGGAACUCUUUUGCAAGAAACUACUCGAUGUUCAGGUAAUGGUCCCAACAAUGGAAAGGCUAGCUAGAGAUAUGGUGGACAAGUGUGGAGGCUUACCUCUUGCAAUUGUUGUUUUGAGCGGACUACUUUCGCAUAAAAAGGGGCUAGAACAAUGGCAAAAGGUGAAGGACCACCUUUGGCAGAAUAUUAAAGAUGACUCUGUUGAAAUCUCCUACAUACUAUCAUUGAGCUACAAUGAUUUGCCAACUGUGCUCAAACAGUGUUUUCUUUACUUCGGUAUUUUUCCAGAAGAUCAUGUGAUCCCGGUGGAAGAAAUAACACGGCUGUGGAUGGCCGAAGGUUUCAUACCAAAUGGAGAAGAAAGAAUGGAGGAUGUCGCUGAAGGCUUCUUGAAUGAGCUGAUAAGACGAAGCUUGAUUCAAGUGGCAUAUACAAACUGGGAAAAAGUUACUCAAUGUAGGAUUCAUGAUCUACUUCGGGAUCUUGCUGUAAAAAAGGCAUUGGAGGUAAACUUCUUUGACAUUUAUGAUCCAAGAAAGCACUCUAUAUCCUCCUUAUGUCUCAGACAUGUCAUUCAUGGUCAAGCACAAAGGUACCUCUCACUUGAUCUUUCUAACUUGAAGUUAAGGUCAGUUAUGUUCUUCGAUAGAGAUUUUUAUAAGUUGGGUAUUAUAAACUUCCGUAAUGGUUUCCAACAUAUAUAUGUAUUGUACUUGGAGAAUCAUUCUAUAGUACCUGAUGCCAUAGGAAGUUUGUACCACCUUAAGUUCUUAAGAUUGAGAGGUAUCCCUGCUCUUCCUUCCUCCAUAGGCAACCUCAAGAAUUUACAGACACUUGAUGUCAAAAACUACAUCGGAAAGCCAUGCCAACUACCCCCCGAGACAGCCAACCUAAUAAAUCUAAGACAUUUAGAUGCUCCAUAUUCAAAACCUCUGAAUCGUAUAAACAAACUCACAAGUCUUCAAGUUCUUAGAGGCAUUCGUUGCAAUCAGUGGAAAGAUGUUGACCCUGUUGAUUUAGUCAAUCUUCGAGAAUUAAGCAUGUAUGAGAUUAAGAAAUCUUACUCCCUAAACAACAUUAGCAGCUUGAAAAGCCUUAGCACUCUCAAAUUGUGGUGUGAAGGUGAUGAAUCAUUCCCAGCCCUAGAAUUUCUUAGUUCUUGUCAAAAGCUACAGAAAUUGGGGUUAAAUGGGAGAAUAGAAAAACUGCCCCCGUCAAACCCAUUUCCAAAUUCAAUCACAAUGAUGAUCCUUUUUAACUCAGAACUCAUGGAAGAUCCGAUGCCUAUUCUGGGAAUGUUGCCAAACCUAAGGGAUCUCCAAUUAUUAGACAGAGCUUAUUUUGGAAAAGAAAUUACCUGCAGUGAUAACAGCUUCAGUCAACUGGAGUUCCUUGUUCUUGAACUCUUGAUUCCACCUAGAAAGAUGGCAUUUAGCCACAAGUGCAAUGCCUCUGAUUAA